CAAUUGUUGGUGCUGUAAUGGAAAACAUCCCUCAAAUAAUUCAGGAUGGAUAUUCUUUGCGACACCUUUGGAGUUUUCGAAGCGGUCAGACACUUUCGUCCUGCGAUUUUUCAUCAAGUGGAAACUUUGUAGCAAGCGGAGGACUUGGGAAUAAGCCUUUCAUUUGCAACAUGAAAACUGGUAAUGCUGCUACUACAUUAGAGUCACAUCUAUUUGCCAUCUUAGAAGUUAGAUUUCAACCAGGAUCAACUAUAUUUGCAACAUCUUCUACUGAUAAAACAGUAAAAUUAUGGGAUGCAAACACUGUGAGUCUCUUUCUCUUCACAUCCCUCUUCUGCAUUAGUCAUUCCUUUGUAACUUGA